AUGUCGGAUAUAAAACGCGCCAUUGGUGAGGUAGUGAAAAAGGGAGGGGGUGGCGGUAGCCCGUUCAGUGCAUUAUCGGCGUCAGAGUGUUCGACGGCGGCAGCGGCAGCAGCGACACUUCAUCCCUUCGGUAACAUCGACAAAGAUGGCCGAGGGGAAGGAAGUAAUGGGGCGAACGGUGGUGGUAAGGGUGUCAAAAAGAUCCAAACGGUACGUCUCGAGCUGAAUCUCUUCGAACCGACCGCCGACAGCUUUCCGGAGUUUAACUUUUCCAAGCUGAUCCAUGAAGAACAGAAACGUCGGAAAAAGUUACAGAAGAAACAAACCGAUCGGACCGGUAAUGGCUUUCUAUCGGAUCCAGAUAUGGAUCAGGAUGUGGAACGAAUGGCAAAAGAGUUGGAGAGAAAGUAUGGCAUGGGGUCCGACUAUGCGAGCAAGGGCAAAUCGGCCCGACCUUCCAAGCUGGACUACUACGAUCGUGGGGCAGGGUACGAUGAGGAAGACUCCUUCAUCGAUAACUCGGAAGCGUACGAUGAGCUCAUACCGCAGGAAGUGGAAACGGUCGGUGGUGGAUUUUACAUAAACUCCGGCCAGCUAGAAUUCAAACAGCUGUCCAACUUCGAACGUCCGGAAGAUGCACAACGGAUGCCGAAACCGAAGAAGCGCGCCUUGUCAACCACCUCCGAAAGCAGUGACGAUGAGGAACCGGCUGGUGAGAAAAAGAACAACACAGUAGUACCCGUACAGCAGCAAACACAGAAACAGUCGGUGGAAAAAUCUUCGACGGUCGUAGAUAAUCAGCAACCGAAUCGACCACCGUCUAGAGAUAUUGAUAAGACGAAUGUGGCAGCGAGUGAACUGAUUGCCAAUGCAGCGGAGGACGAAAAAGCUCGUCUGAAUGGUCACGUUGCGAAAAAGCAAAAGCUUGUGGUGGAUAAUGGUACCGUUGGUGCUGGUGCUGCUGGAGAGCAGAAAUCCAAAUCGUCUUCUAGCGAAAGUGGUAAGGAAAAGACGAACGGAGUGAAAGGGAAAUCUGGUGCAUCUGCCACCGCUACCACUGCUUCCAACGUACAGGGUGGUGUGCCCACCCCGGCAGCAGUGGACAGUAGUAAAAAGGACGACAAUGGUGGUAUGAAAGAGCUGAAAACUACCACAGUGAAGGACAUGCUGCGUGCCAAGCGGGAUAGUUUGCGAAAGAUGGAGCAAGAGAAGAAAGGGCGUAGCAGUGGGUCGAGCCGCGUUUCCAGUUCGGAAGCAGAAGAGGAUGGCGAUGGUGGUGGGGAUGAGGAUGAGGAUGAAGAAAAUGGCGAAGGAGACGAUGAGGAUGAAGAGGAGGAAGAGGAAGAGGAGGAGGAGGACGAUGACGAGGAGGAGGAGGGAGGUGGUGGUGGGAGUGAUAAAAAUUCACGCGAAUCUGUUUCGGAGGUGGACAUUGUGUCGGAAAGUGAAAGUGGCCAUGAGAGUGAGAAGGAUAAUGCUAGGGGGAAAGUAACGAAUGGAACGGCUGAAGUGACCAGUUUGCCAAUGGCCAUUCAACAACCACCUCCGAAGGAACGAAAACCGAAAGACUGUAAACUGCCGGACGAUAUUUCCGACCAGCUGCGGGCGGAUGUGGAAUCGCUGAAAGAGCUUGCACGUGCCCUUUCCGGCACCAACGGGAAGUUGAACUUCUUCGAAAGCAAGGUAGCGGAUCUGUUGCUGCGGAUCGAUGAAGGGGCCCGUGCCACAACCGGGUCCAGCAUAAGAAAUGCGAUCUUCCGUCAUCUCGAGUCACAGCUAUCGAUAAGCCGGCAAUCGUUACAGCUGAAGCUGAAAAAGAUUCGCAUCCGGAAGCUUGAGAACAAGACAAAAUCGCUCCUGUCGAAGUUGGAGGAUGUGAUUUCCUACACAAUGCCUGCGAUUGUGGCGAAAUAUGAGCUGGACUGUUCGAAGGCGAACGAAAUGCGCGCGGCGGCACAGGCUAGCGCCAACUUACUGCCAAAUGGAGAGAAAGCCGAUGGACAACCGAACGCUGCCACUCCUCAGAUAAGAAAUCCAAAGAAAAAAUACACCUGGAACGAGCGAACACGCAAUCUGCUCUGGGAGCUGUACGGUAUCCGGCAGCAGACAUUUGAGUUGGCACGAUCACGGAACCAAACGGAGGAUGAAGUGUUGGCGGAGUUUAUGCGCACGAAGGUAGUGCCACUGUGGCCGAAAAGUUGGAUACGUUACGAGGAUAUACAGAAGGAGUUGGAUCGACGGAAAAAAGCACUGGCGAAAGGUCAGGCUGCUGCUGCUGCUGUUGGUGUACAGGGUGCUGUGGGUAAGAAGUCCACCACGACGGUAGUUUCGCCUCUUGUAUCACCCGGCACGACGACAAUCGAGACAGGUUUGUUAGCAGGAACCAACAUGAACGGUACGAAAGCGCAAGAUGGCUACUCAUCCGCCGUACGAUCGAGCACACCGUCGAGUGUAAAGUCAACCAACAGUAAGGGUGGAUUGGUGGAUGCGGAGAAGGUUGGUACCGUCGGGAGCAAUCCUCACACACAUCACACACCGACGGCACAAUCGGGCGCUAGUGGAGCUAGUAUAUCGCCCAAUUCUUCCUUUAAGCGUACCUCAGACCAUAGCAUUAUAAACAUAAUGAACUCACCGCCACCACCACCAGCAACAGCAGGGGAUCAAUCUGCCGUUUCGUUUGCUAAUCCGGACGUUAAACGUUCACCUGCCGCCACUCCAGCCUCCAAGGAUGUAUCGACCAAGGAUCGAAAGCACCCACUUCCAUCACCCGAACGGCAGCGUUGGAACAGUCGGGAGGAUGAUAGCGACAGCAGCAUCGAGAUAAUCGCUGAAUAUAACGUUCCUAGAGCACCGGCAGGAGCAUCACCCGGUACGGCACCACUUCCCUUUUCCUCGCAUUUACUGCAAACAACCCCCGACCUUCCCGGUGCAUGCAACAAUCUGCCCAUUUUGAACAAGGAAAAGUAUAAAAACUUAACCGUGGGAAGGAAUAAAACGCACGGUGGAAGUGGUAGCAGUGCCGGUUCCAGCCCACUGUCCAUGGGUGAUAUCGUGUCCCCCUUAAUGGGCGGUGGAAAGUACGCGAAACAUUCACCGGUUGCUUCUGCUGCCGGUGGUGUGAUUGGUUUUGCGGCACCAUCCGGCAUGGUCAGUUCCGGGUUCGAUAUGGGCAGUGGUGCUGCUGCUGGUGGGAGUGUCCGACAGAAGGACACACCGCCAUCAUCCAUCGACGUUGACGUCCAUCAGAUAAUGAAGGAUUUCAAGGAAUAUCAGAAGCAGCAUAACGUCGGUGGGAACCGUAAAUCGGACAGUACAGCUUUGCAAUCACAACCGCAGCAUGCGACGGCAUCCGCUUCCACCACGGUAACAGCACCCGCUCCGUCGAAUGUUGUUGCCGAUUACUUUAUCGACUGUGAUAUGGAUGACGACGAUAUACUCUUCGCCACCAACUACACCUACACUGGUGGACACAGGAACUGAA